AUGCUUUUCACCAACUAUAUUCUUGCAACCUUCGCCACAGCUGCCUUGGCCACGCCAGUUGCACCUGAUGCCGCUCAGGACAUCUCGCCCCGUGACAACCACCUUGCCACCCUCUACGGCAUUGACACGUCCAAGGUGACUGUAUAUGACACUCGCAGUGACGAAGAAAAGAAGAAGCGACAGAACACGGGCCACGUCUAUGCUUGCGAUAAUAUUGGCUUCGUCGAUCCCUGCGACAACUACGUGUUGACCAAUGGCCAAUGGUUCAACGUCGAGGGCCUGGCCCUGAAUAACCGGAUUUCGAGCAUUGGAGCCAACUGGGGCGCCAACUGCUGGACUUGGGACCAUUUCGACCCCAAGGGGUGCUGGAACGAGAACGGAGCUCCCGCUCUUGACAUUACGUAUCCUGGCUAUCGUGAUCUCACCAGCUUGAACUGGAACGACAAGAUCGGUUGUAUCAAGUGCAACUUCUGGGGUUCCUAA